CUCAAACUUUUGGAUACAAGCACGCGAACCUCGAUUGCCAGACUUCUUGCUAUUGCACUUCAAGUCGCGUGCAACCACUGGAUACUGUGACCGCUGCCACGAACCCCAUCAGUGUUGUUAACGUUAGAGGACCCGCUCAUCCCAAAUUACGGUCCCGUCUAUCGACGAGCCAAGCGCUCGCAGCGGUUCAAGAUGGCGGCACCCAAGUUGACCAAGAACCAGUUGCGCCGAGCCAAGAAGAAGGAGCAGAAGAAAGCUCAAGUCCAGAACGGUUCCAAAACACCCGAAAUCAAAGACGAGCCCGCAAAGGACGAGCUCAAAAAGCAGGAGCCCUCAGGCGAUGGCAUCAAAUCCUCCGAUCUUGAGGUCAAAAAAGACCCGGACGCAUCCGGCGAUUAUGAUGCUGACGGCCCGGUUGUCGAUGGCUUUCUACCAGAGGACGAUCCCGCAUUUGCCGAGUACAGGACUGUGUUCGAGAAAUUUGGCGUGAGCUUUGAGGACAACGAGGUCGCGCGGGAAGCAAAUGCGGGAAACAAGGGCGAGGUAUUCUUCGACCAAGAUGAUGAGAUUCCAAGUGAGGACGAGGAGGCCCAACCCAAGCUGUCCAAGAAGAAGCGCAAGAAGCUGAACAAGCUCUCCAUCGCCGAGCUCAAGGCACUGGUGCGGAACCCCGAGGUCGUGGAAUGGCACGACGUCUCGUCGUCAGACCCUCGCCUCCUGGUUCAGAUCAAAGCUCAGCGCAACGUGGUCCCAGUACCAAGCCACUGGUCAUUAAAACGAGAGUACCUGUCCAGCAAGAGGGGUAUCGAGAAGCCGCCCUUCAAACUGCCCAAAUUCAUCGCCGAGACGGGUAUUACCGAGAUGCGCGAUGCCGUUCUUGAGAAGCAAGCCGAGCAGACGCUCAAACAAAAGCAGCGCGAGCGUGUACAGCCCAAGAUGGGCAAGCUCGACAUUGACUACCAAAAACUCUACGAUGCCUUUUUCCGCCACCAGACCAAGCCCGACCUUACCCGCUUCGGCGACGUCUACUACGAAGGCAAAGAGUGGGAGGCAGACUACAAGGUCUUCAAACCGGGCGAAAUAAGCGACGCGCUGCGGGAAGCCCUCGGCAUGCAGCCCGGGUUCCCGCCCCCGUGGCUCCUCCAACAGCAGCGCGUCGGCCCUCCGCCUUCUUACCCUACCCUCAAAAUCCCCGGCCUCAACGCCCCCUUGCCGCCAGGCGCGGCGUGGGGUUUCCAACCCGGCCAGUGGGGCAAGCCGCCGCUAGACGAGUACAACCGGCCGCUCUACGGCGGCGACAUCUUCGGCAUCAUGGCGCCAGGCCAACAAGUUCAACCCGGCACCGCAGCACCUUACCAACCGCAGCCUCCACAGGCCCAACUCCAACCGGCCGCCGCGGCCAGCAUCCCGCUCGGCGAGCCGGUCGAACGCACGCUGUGGGGCGAGCUGCAGCCGCCAGCCGAGGAGUCCGAGGAAGAGGAAGAAGAGGAGGAGGAAGAAGAAGAAAGCGGCUCAGAAGCAGGCGACCUGCCGCCUGCUGGGGGCAUCGACACGACCAGCGGGCUGGAGACGCCUGGCGGGUACGCCAGCACGAUCCACCCAGACGCGGCACCGGGGGCCACCGGGAUCGAGACCAGCAUGGCGGGCGAGUUCGACCUGCGCAAGACGCGCCGCGGCUUCGAGACGGAAGAGUCGUCGUACGGCGGACCGCGCCAGGCAUACACCGUCAUUCCCGAACGCCAGGCCCGCGUCGAGGGCUUCUUUGGCAGCGACAAGACGUACGACCUGUCCAAAGCCGCCGCCGGCCGGGGUGGUGCUGGUGCUGGUGCUGGACCCGCUGGAAAUGUGCCGGUGCUGGGACAGGAGGAUGAAUCGAGAAAGCGCAAGAAGCCUGGCGAUGUCGACGUGGCGCUCGAUCCGGACGCCCUGGCGGCCCAGGGCGGCAUCAGCAAGGAGGAGAUGAGGAAGAAGUACGAGGCCUCGCGCCGCGAGGAGGGCAUCGGCGCGCAGUGGACCCGCACCAGCUACGAGGAGGACUUGAGUGACAUGAUUGCCCAGGAGAGCAGGAAGAGGCAGAAGAGGGAGGAGGAGAGGAGGGGAGACCGGGGCGGACGGCAUCGGUGAACAUGGGAUUCGAAUGCCCAGGGGGUUUGAUUCGUAGGCCCAUGGGGUUUCGGCGGGAACAGACGCCAGUACCUUCAGGCUUUUGUGGUGCAAUAUACAAUACACAGAGGUUGAUGGGUUGGGAUGGGCGGCGUUUUCUAGGACUGCGUUGGGAAACGGACGGGAUUUGUACUGACUGUACUCCUCAUAUGAGUUUAGGGAUGUAGGAGUAGAUCGACG